GCUCUGCGGGUCUUGCUCAGUAUGCUAACUAAAGUCCAUCAACAAGCUAGUUAUACGCGAGCGACAUGAAUGCAAACGGUGCACUCCCAUUGGGAUCAUUACGACAACAUGGACACGAACUGAAAGCAAGCGAGGCGUUUACGCGGCCAUUAAAGAGGACAUUUACCGGGUUAGGAUUCACGGGGUCGCUGCUGGUGUUGUUCGGGGGAGUUGUUUGAGCUCGGAGUGGCGGCCACGUUCAGUCGUCACGGCUCGCGAGGACAACACGGAGCGUUGACCGAGGAAAUGGUGGUUCCAGAAAGCGCCAGCCUGGUCCCCCGGCCUGACAAUGGUAGUCCCCCUGACCUCAUUGAGGGCUCCAAGCUUGGGUGCGAGGAGGAAGUGGAGGGAGCUCAAGACCUAGCGGGGGUGGAGCUGGAGGAGGUCCGAAAGUUGCAGGAACUCGUUCAUCGACUGGAGGUGCAGAAUGAGACUCUGCGCAACAGGGGUAGCAAAAACAUCAUCAGCCGAGGAGCCAGCAGCAAGAGCAACCUCACAUUGGCAGUCAGUAUCAACAAGAGGCUAAAUUGCACAGCAGGCAACCUGGGGAGCAGAGACUUGGAGCUGUCACCCCCACUGGAAAGCUUCAGCAGCAGUGACGACAUGUCCCCACUCCCGGGGACCAACAGGUUGGAGGGGGAUGAGGACGAAGAUGCAGCCGAGGAUGUCGGUCCAUGCAGCGGCUUUCUUAGAUUGACCUGUAGUGGUGGGCCAAUACAGGGCCAAAGCCAGACGCCGGACAGCCCAUCGCAAGGGAGUUAUGAGUCAGAGACACUAGCAGAGAGCGAUUCAGGGAUGGAGCCAUCUGCUCUGGAAGAGGUGGACCUUCUCGAUUUGGAAGAUGAGUGUGGUGAAAUCGAAGAUGAGGACAGUUGGUUGUAUGUGUCGCCUAAAAAAGAAGUAUCAAAGGCAGGCCCCGAGUCGCCCCUGAAGUGGUGUCGGCAGGUUUUGGACCACCGCAGCCCAGAGACAGAGAAGGCAUGUCGGACCCUAAUCAACCGUUUGGACCAGACAUCCCGGUGGAGGAACAUGUACAGCAGCCCGUCGGCAGAGGCAGGCUCGGCAGGCUCAGGCCUGAUCUCUCCUGGGUACCACAAAUCAACUAACAAAUCUCUACUAACCUGUGGCAGCUCAGGUGUCUCAGGUGUACCCUCAGCACUGAGCUCUCAGUCUUCUAUAGACAGUGAGCUCAGUACUUCGGAUGACUCUGUCUCGAUGGGUUAUAAGCUACAGGAUCUCACUGAUGUCCAGAUAAUGGCUCGUCUACAAGAAGAGAGUCUGAGGCAGGAUUACGCUUCCAGUUCAGCGUCUGCAUCUCGCCGCAGCUCUACAACAUCCCUGCAAUCGCUUCGUCGUGGCGGCACCUACAGCGACCAGGAAUUUGACAAUUACAGCCUGGAAGAUGAAGAUGAUGAAUUCAGCCCUGUGCCCCAACAACACCAUCGCUUCACUCCCUCGCCCUUGGGCUCACCUCGGUGUCUGUCACCCUCCACUUCCAACCACGGUCAGGAGCAUGGUAGCAGAUUUGGGGCCCCUCGCACAAGAACACCCAGACGAUCUCUACAAGGUCCCAGUGCCGAGCUUCUCAAAUUUGCCAAGAGUGAGGAGUUGAGGCAUAGCAUGCCAAAUCUGGCCCCCCGCACCAGCCUCCGUUCCCUGGAGGCAAUCAGAAACAGCCGCAGCAUGGAGGCUAACCUCCAGAGCUCUGGCAACCGCAUGUCCCACUUGACUCCCUCCUCUUCCUCAGGUAUAGUGAGUAGUCGACUGCGCAGCAAUGGCCAGUCACCUCUUUCUCUGCGUGCUCCGGUGAAAGCGGUCACCCCUGUGGGGUCCAUGGCAUCUCGUCAGCCUUCCAGAGGUCUGCCUGUUAUCCAAGCACCUCCUGCUUCAGGGGCUCGCCGGGUCCAGCCCAUUGGCUCUGCUAGUGGCGGACCCUACAUACCAGGGAGAGCCUCCACUGGCGCUGGGCGGACUGCUGUAGACCGAGGACAGUCUGCACCUACCAGAAGUAAACUAUCACAGCCGGCCAGGAGGUCGUUGGGCAUGGCUAAAAUCUCAGAUGAAUCCUGGAAAGAUGGCUGCUACUGACGUUGGAUGCCCGACAGUGGGUGUUCACUGCUGCAAUCCUUGCUUUACUUUUCUCAGUGGCAUCUUGCCAAGCAAGUGUGGACUAGAUUUAGUCGAGACUCAUCUCUUUAUCUUGCAUGAAGCAUUGUCAACAAUACCCAGCAUGGAUGCAUUGGCAAACACAGAGGCACACUCCAACAAAUGUUAUCUGGACACUCUCAAGAGCUUCCAUAAGAUUUGUUUGGGUCCAUUUUAAGUUGAAAUGUUAAUUGUGAGAAACUGCUGUCAUAUUCAUUAGUUGUAAUUGCUUUGUGAUGUUAAGAUUUAAAUGAAGUACUGCAUGCUUGAUAUUUUUUUGUUGUUUUCCUCUCCCAUUGGUAUGUAACUUUAAUAUGACAAUUCUGUGUCUGUUGCACAAUCUGUGAGAGUUUCAGAAUGCUGGCAUUGUUCACAUUGAAAUCAUGGUCAGAAUUUUGUUUACAUUGUAAACUGCAGCAUUGUAUCACACUGCCCUCAUGGAUAUUUAAGAUUUAAAAAAAAUAUGGUUUGUGCCAAGGUGCAUUUGAACUGCAACACUUUUUAUAAAUGAUACCUAAUUAUCAAAGUUACCAUUAUUCGGAUGCAUUAUUGCAUAUCCAUUGGCAGAUUGGGAUGUUUGUGUUUUGGAAUCUAUUGAAAUAAAAAGUAUGUUUAUGCAAUUCAGGCCUCCUGCCUUAGGUCAGCUUUCACUCUCUUGUUGAGAACUUCUGAAAAGAAAUGAGAAUAAAAAUAUAUAACUAUA